UACCCGACCGAAUACGUCAAGACGCGAAAGCAACUGCUCGGCGCAUCUUCACCAUCACCUCUUCGACUUCUCAUCACGGCUGUGAGAGAUCAUGGCGUUGGUAUUCUGUAUACUGGAGCUGGGGCUUUUUGCGUUUCCAAUGCCUCAAAGUCGGGCAUCAGAUUCUUAACGUUUGAUGCGAUCCGAAAUAAGCUACCCCGGGAUCGCAAGACAGGCAAGCCUACAAGUUCGUCAAAUAUGCUUGCUGGGGUUGCGGCCGGAGUGGCAGAAAGUAUCACCGUCGUGACUCCAGGCGAAAGCAUCAAGACAAAGAUUGUUGAAGACAGAGCAGGCUCUCGCGCAUUCAAGUCAACUGGCGAUGCCAUGCGGUGGAUGGCUUCCAAUCAGGGUAUAAGCGGUUUCUACCGUGGAGUGGUACCAGUGACGAUGAAGCAAGCGUCGAAUGCCCUGGUCAGGUUUGCAUCUUAUCACGCGAUGUUUGACUUGAUAGAACCGCGCUUGAAAGAGGUGGGUCAAGUGAGCCUUACAGCUUCGAUGGCUGGAGCAUCGGCUGGCGUUGUCACUGUAUAUGCUACAAUGCCCUUUGAUACCAUCAAGACCAAGAUGCAGAGUGUAUCAACAGGGAGUGGGAAACAAGGAACUUUGCAUAUCCUCACUGCUAUCAUUAGGGAAUCCGGCGUCGCAGGAUUAUGGAAGGGUACAACGCCUCGACUGGUGAGACUGAGCGUGUCAGGAGCAAUGAGCUUCUCAAUCUAUCAAAACGUGCUGGAUUUUAUGGAAACCCCUAUAGCCAUUCAGCCAAAGCCAGCGAUUCUUUGA